GUGGUUUGCACUUUACCUUUUUGCAGUAGGAAGAGUAACCAUCAACAUCUAAUAAUCGUACAUAAUAUUAUCUCAGAAAUCGGGAACAUGACUACAUUUCAGAAAUAUGGCGUUCUUGUGCUUCUAUUUCUUAUAAUCUUGUUCCUUUUUAAUCUGCUGAAAUUCAGUUCUGCUGCUGGAAAUGAAGCAGAAGCUCUCGUGAGAUGGAAAGCCAGCUUACCUUCUACUUCUGUUCUUGAUUCAUGGUCUCUCAAAAAUGUCGUAAAUCUUUGCAAUUGGACUGGCAUUACUUGCGGCAGGGCAGGCAUAAUUACUGGGAUCAAUCUUUCUGGGGCUGAUCUCAAUGGAACCCUUGAUCGGUUUGAUUUCAGAUCAUUUCCAAAUGUCACGGUUUUCGACAUCAACACAAACAAUUUUGAUGGGGUCAUUCCAUCUGCCAUUGGUAAUCUCUCCAAGCUCACUUACUUGGAUUUAAGCAUUAAUGCAUUUGUGAACAUCAUACCUGUGGAGAUCGGAUUUCUCACGGAGUUGAGGUAUUUGAGCCUGAUGGACAAUGAUCUCAAUGGUCCUAUUCCUUAUCAAAUAGGCAACCUUCAAAAAUUAAGGUACUUGGACUUGGGGUCGAACUACUUAGAAACUCCAGAUUGGUCAAAGUUUCCAAGCAUGCCUUUCUUAUCCUACCUAGGCCUUUGUUACAAUGAACUCACAUUGGGAUUUCCAGAUUUCAUACCAACUUGUCACAAUCUUACCUUUCUAGACUUGUCCCUUAAUCAUUUGACUGGCCAAAUUCCUCCAUCUUUGUUUACCAAUCUGGUUAAUCUGGGGUACCUGAAUCUUACUGACAAUCAUUUUCAAGGAAUGCUAUCAUCAAACUUUACCAAUCUGUCAGAGCUAAAAGAUCUUCGGUUAGGAGAAAAUAACUUUUCUGGUCCAGUUCCAGAUUUUCUUGGUAAGAUUCCCGGUCUUGUCAUACUUGAAUUGUUCAACAAUUUAUUUGAAGGUAGCAUCCCAUCAUCCCUAGGCCUGCUUAGAAACCUUGAGCUUCUUGAUCUCAGGACAAAUAGCCUGAAUUCUACUAUUCCUUCUGAGCUUGGCCUUCUUACCAAUCUCUCUUUCUUAGCUUUGGAUUCAAAUUCACUUACUGGUUCCUUGCCUCUGUCAUUCUCCAAUUUGGUGAAGUUGUCCGUUCUGGAAUUGUCCAAUAAUAGGUUUUCUGUUGGGAACCUCACAAACCUUCAAAACUGCAAACUUUUUUCCAACAACUUAAGCGGCAGAUUACCAUCAGAAAUUGGAAAUAUGAUUGCACUCAUUGUGUUUGAUGUCCGAUCUAACAAAUUGAGUGGAGAGUUGCCUUGA